CAUGGAUUUCUAUGAGGCGCAUCCCUCUGGCAAGGUGGACUUCGCCAGUAAAAGGCCCGUGUUGGUUCUUCAGAAUGAUUCUCUGUACUCCCAGAGACGUCCGUACACCAGUGAAGAUGAGGCCUGGAAAUCCUUUCUUGAAAAUCCCCUUACAGCAGCUACAAAAGCUAUGAUGAGCAUCAAUGGUGAUGAAGACAGUGCAGCUGCCCUUGGACUGCUCUAUGAUUACUACAAGGUUCCGAGAGAGAGGAGAUCUUCAACAGCUAAACCAGAGGUAGAACAUGCUGACCAAGAUCACAGCAAAAGGAACAGCAUCCCAAAUGUGACAGAGCAAUCACUCAUUUCCACUGGAGAAAACAGAGUCCAGGUUCUGAAAAAUGUGCCUUUCAAUAUUGUCCUUCCGCACACGCCCCAGAUGGGCAUGGACAAGAGAGGUCACCUGACAACCCCUGACACAACUGUCACUGUCUCGAUCGCAACGAUGCCCACCCAUUCCAUCAAAACGGAGACUCAGCCCCAUGGCUUUGCGGUGGGAAUCCCUCCAAGCGUCUACCACCCCGAGCCCCCGGAGCGGGUUGUGGUGUUUGACCGGAAUCUCAAUCCUGACCAGUUCAGUUCCAACACUCAGCCUCAAAACUCACAGCGACGAACGCCAGAUUCCACCUUCUCGGAGACUUUUAAGGAAGGAGUACAAGAGGUACAUCUGCCUCCUGCUUAACUGAAUCUCCGGAUGGCCAACAUGAAUUCAGAAGAUUAUGUUUUUGACAGCAUUUCUGGGAAUAACUUUGAAUACACUCUGGAAGCCUCCAAGUCCCUCCGACAGAAGCCUGGGGACAGCACGAUGACUUACUUGAAUAAGGGUCAAUUUUACCCUAUCACACUGAAAGAAGUCAGCAGCAGUGAAGGAAUCCACCACCCUAUCAGUAAAGUCCGAAGUGUCAUCAUGGUAGUGUUUGCUGAAGACAAAACAAGAGAAGAUCAGCUUCGGCACUGGAAAUACUGGCACUCAAGGCAGCACACAGCCAAACAGAGAUGCAUCGACAUAGCUGACUACAAGGAGAGCUUCAACACCAUCAGCAACAUCGAGGAGAUCGCAUACAACGCCAUAUCCUUCACUUGGGACAUCAAUGAGGAAGCCAAGGUCUUCAUUUCUGUGAACUGCCUCAGCACAGAUUUUUCCUCUCAGAAGGGAGUGAAAGGCCUGCCCCUGAAUCUUCAGAUCGACACCUACAGCUACAAUAACAGGAGUAACAAACCUGUCCACAGAGCCUACUGCCAAAUUAAAGUCUUCUGCGACAAGGGAGCAGAGAGGAAGAUCAGGGAUGAGGAGCGAAAACAAAGCAAAAGAAAAGGCAAGUGCAGUGACCCCAGCUCUCAACUGAAUGCCUUUUCCGAUGUCAAAGUGCCAAUGCUGCCCUCCCACAAGCGCACGGACAUCACUGUCUUCAAGCCCUUCAUGGAUCUAGACACCCAGCCAGUCCUCUUCAUCCCCGACGUUCACUUUGCGAACCUGCAGCGUGGUGCCCACGUCCUUCCUGUUGCUUCAGAGGAACUGGAGGGUGAAAGCUCCAAUCUGAAGAGAGGGCCUUACAUUGGGGAAGAGGAUUUUAUUGCUACUCCAAAUAAGAUGGCUAGAAUAGAGGAACCAAAAAGAGUGUUGCUAUAUGUCAGAAAAGAGUCAGAGGAAGUCUUUGAUGCACUUAUGUUGAAGACACCAUCUCUGAAAGGUUUAAUGGAAGCUAUAUCUGAUAAGUAUGAUGUUCCCUUUGAUAAAAUUGGAAAAAUCUUCAAAAAAUGUAAAAAAGGAAUUCUGGUCAACAUGGAUGAUAACAUUGUGAAGCACUAUUCUAAUGAAGAUACCUUCCAGUUGCAGAUUGAAGAAGUUGGAGGAUCUUACAAGCUCACUCUUACUGAGAUUUAAGAUCUCCGAUCCUCUGUGGAUUUUAAACGAAGGUCUCAAGUGAACAUUAUUCCAUAAUUCAGCAUGUUGGGUAAAACACUAAUCACCUUCUCCAGAAGAAAGUCAGGUGGUGUCUUCUUCUGGGGAUCAGAGCAGUGUUUUUGCUUAAUACAUUUGUUUCUGUUCUGUCCAAGGAACACCGUAAUGCUCAUGAUGUCGUUUGCACUUGAAACAAGAGAGCAAAGAUCAGGAAUUAAAUUAAGAGCAUGUAUAAAACACUAGUAAAUACAGGAGGGGAAAAAAACCCUGGAUGGUGGCCUUUUAGAGUGGUGGUACCUUAUUUAUCUCUUUAGUACUCUUAUUUGAGCCCGUUGUCAGCUAAUAACAUUGUAUUGGACUAUUUUCUGCUAGAAACAACUGCAAAACUACUAGUUGAUACUAGUAGGAAUUGCAUGCAGGUUGGAGAAAGACUUUAUAAUGUUUACUCUUGAACAGGGCAGAUUGUUGAAAUCACGUGUUAAAUUUGCAGGGGGGAGGAUGCAAAACUGCCUUACUUAUGAAGAACUCGCCUUAGUAACUGUGUGAACUGAUCAGAUGAAGCUAUAUUGUAUAUAAGUGCAAUAUAUUUUUGAAGGUUUGUAAAUGUGUACAUACAAGUGAUAUAUAAUAUAUAUAAAUACGGUGUUCAUGUAUAUACCAUGAAUAUAUACAAUGAAGCCCAUCUAAAAGGAUGCCAUAUACAGAGAAAAACAAUAUUUAAUGUAGUUAUUUAAAAGUGGACAAACCCUUAACAUGCACCAAAGGUGAGUGCACGCUUGUAUGUUCAUAGAACGCACAGAGACCUGCUUUGUCAACAUGGAUUUUCCUACGUGGAAGGAA